AUGGCUGAAAGCCUUCUGAAUGAUUUACAAAAUAGCGAAGACAAUCCGACAAUCUUCUCAGUGUUUCUGAAAUCCGCAACCGAGAAGCCAUCUGCCAUCGAGGUCGUCACAUUCAUCAUUGUGAUAUUAAUCUCAAUCAUAUUCAACAUAUUUUCCCUGUAUAUUAUUUCAAAAGCAAAAGUUUUUCACCUCAAUCUCCAAUUCCUUAUAUUCUUUGGCAAUUUCGUGUGGUUUGAGCUCGGGUUCUCAAAGAUUUUAAAAUUUGCUUCCAAGGGAAUUAUACUUUUAUACAUUAGUGCUUCCACUCAUUAUCAUUGUAUUUAUACAAUCGUGUUCAUACCAUUUAUAUGUAUUAUAGAGCGCAGUUGCGCAACAUAUUUCAUAUUCGAUUACGAGAAGAGGAAACGACGAUGGGUUCUGAUAACCAAUCUUCUCCUUCACAACGCGCUCUCAAUUUUGUUCACCUCACUAACCGUCACGAAUUACCUUCGAUUCUUGAAUGCUGCAAUAAUUACGAGUUUCAUCAUGGUUCUGUCAGUUUGUCUGUUCGUUUAUUUGAAGAGCUACAAUGAGAGGAAGUUAGAAUAUUUGGAUAAAUAUAAUCAGGAUAUCAGGUUCAAUUUAAGCAGUAGAUAUCAGCUGAGGGAGAAUGUCAAAACAUUUCGGAUGGCGCGCAAGUUGUUCACAUUUGUUGUCGUUAUAAUUUUGAUUCAAACCGCUAUCAAAACCAUUCCGCGGGUUAUUGAAUUCGAGCCAAACGUCAAUUUCGGGUUUCGAUUAAUCGGCGAUUUGAUGGUUCAUGGUGGUCCGAUUUACAAAUCAUUCAUAUUGCUGCAAGUCGUCGAUGCUUACAUGAAAGUGUGUCAUAAUUUAUUGGGAAUUCGACAUACUCGGCUUCUAAUCCCAAUGAAGAUCACGUUCAAUGAGAAUUGGGAGCUUCAUCUCGAAGACGAUCCGAAUGGGCACAAUCCAACAAUCAUUUCGAUAUUUGUUUCAAGCGCCCGCCAAUUGAUGUCGACAACUCAAACCGCCGUUUUCAUUUUCAUUAUAAUUCUCUCAUCGAUGUUCGACAUUUUUUGCAUAAUCGUUGUCGGAAAAGCGAGCGUGUUUCACUUCAAUCUUCAAGCCCUUCUAUUAUGGACAGCUUUUGCUUGGUUCGAAUUCGCCGCCGGCAAAAUUAUUGUGAUCAUUUAUCAGCAAAUCUAUCUUGAUGAAAAGAUCACCGACGCUGGAAGCAAUUUGUUGGUGUGGGCGGCGGCCACCCAUUAUCAUUUUAUGUAUUUCGCCAUUCUUGCACCAUUUUGCGUAUUUUUCGAACGAGCGUGCGCAACUUUUUUCAUUUUCGAUUAUGAGCGAAAAUCGCGACGAUGGAUCGUUGUCACAAUUCUGAGCUUUCAACUUUCUCUAUCAAUGAUUGCUUUAUAUUUACCAUUGUGCGAUAAUGUUCGAUAUCUUCAAACUUCAAUAUUUCUAGGCGCUCUCGUCACAAUUUCAUUAAUUGGAUUCAUUUAUUUGAACCGUUAUAAUCGAAACAAGCUGAAAUACUUGGAAAGGUAUCAUCGAGAUAUUCGAUUUACACUUGCGUCGAGAUAUCAAUUAAGGGAGAAUGUCAAGACAUUCAAGUUGCUCAAGAAUCUUGCAUUUGUGUGCAUUUUCCUCUGCAUAGGAAUUCUUAUUGUAAAAACCGUGCCAAUGCUUCUACGGGUCGAUGAAGAGAGGAAGCUGGCUAUCAGACAUUAUACAGACAUUUUAACCCAUAGCAUUCCUAUUGGAUUAUUCUUCGCUAUCAUAUUCGCUGUUGACGCUUAUUUGAGAAUCGUCAAGCAAGCCUUCGGAAUCCGAAAUAUUGAUAUUAGGCCGGUUCGGGGUGUCGAGAAGAAGGUGAUACCGACGAAUGCUCACUUUGAUCAAAUCAAAAUGUUAUGGAAAUAA